AUGGCGUCCGGGCAAAUACAGGAGCUGUUGCAAGGCCCAGAUAUUGCGGAGUCGGAGAAGCGCGCACUGGACUUCCUCGAUGCCCGAUUCACCUCAUUGCAGGACAUCGAAGAUGAGGCAGGCGUCGAAAGAGUCGUCCAGGAUGCAAUACAGCACAGCGAGGACAUGAAAACGCAAGUGCCUCAGUUGUCUCAAUCUCGGCAAGUUGUGAAUGCAUUGAUUGUGGAGACGAGGGCCUCUGCGGAAUUGCAACUGCAUACAGCUCAAGAGCCUUCUCUGCUGAGACAUUCGUUAUCAGACGAGCUAUCGUAUCUAUCGCAACAAUUGGUAUCCUCACUGGGUGAUCCCGAGCGCAAGCCCACGCUGCUGGAGGAUCUCGAAACAUUGCAUCGCAGCCUCAAAGAAGUGCAGAGUGUCAAAGGAUACGUGCAGAUAGUUCAACAAUCUCUAAAGCUCAGUGAAUUGGCAGUAGACCAAAUCCGCUCUUCGUCUUCGCUGUCCUCCGUGAGCGAAUAUGAGGGACUGCAAGAAUUUGUGGCUUCCGUGCAUCAAGUAUGCGCGAAGGUGGAGGACGUUGCGGGCGAGCAGGAGUUACACAUCCUCAGCUUCCUGGAGAGCAUCCGAGAACGGACGUGGGCAGAUAUGCGCCAUGUUUUGUCCACGUCGUUGUUGUCCGCGGCGGAGAAACUACAUUGGCCGAUGGUAGUCGACUACCUGUCAGCUACUACGGGAGAUAGGAAGGCGUUCGAGGCCGCUUUCUCUAACAUGUCAAAGCUUCAAAAAAUCGGGAAGCAACUGCAUUCAGCCAUCAAAGGCAAGGAAGUUGCACGAGAGGGUCUGUACCCCAUUCAGGCACUAGUCCAACCAAUCUCCUUGAGAUUCAAGUAUCAUUUCGAGGGAGAAAGGCAAACAAAUAGACUUGACAAGCCGGAAUGGUACUUUACUCAUGUCCUCAACGUCUCACAUGAACAUCGUCCAUUCAUGGAGAAUGUGGUGCAGACGUUCCUGUCAGACACGCAAUAUCGGAACAUCAAUGCUUGGCGUGAGUUUACGCUCCUUCUUCUACCUCUACUUGAACGCAAGCUCCAUCGUACCAUGCCGACCCUUCUGGCACAUCCGUCUCUACUCGCACACACCAUCUACGAGGCACUUGCUUUCGACAGUGCAUUGCGAGAAGAAAACUUCGACAUCAAUGAUACUACGGCGGGUGAGCCAUCAAAAGACGGCAAGAAAAGCGAGGGAAGCAAGUGGCAGGGCAUCAGCGAUGUCAUCCUAGGAAGGAAAGAAUGGUUCGAGGCCUGGAUGGAGGGCGAGAGGAAAUUUACGAUGGAUCAGUACAUUGAGAUCAUCAGCGCCUCCGACGCUUGGCUCAUCGCAGAUGACGAAGGCGAUACGGAGGAUGCGAUCGUUACCGACCGCGACCUGAGACCGACUAACUCUGCCCGAAGGGUCAAGGCCCUAGUCGAGCAAGUCACUGACCGAUAUUCACCACUCCCGCAAUUCCUACAUCGCACGCGCUUCCUCAUUGUCGUCCAGCUGCCGAUCCUGGAGUCGUACCAUUCUCGCAUCUCGUCUUCACUAGACGCAUACGAGACACUAUCGUCCAGCCUCAUACGCGCUGUUCCUGGUGCGUUGGGCAGUGUCAGCGAUGCAUCGGGGAGGGUGGGAGAUCCUAAGAGCCUAACCAGCGGCGUUGAGGGCGUACAGAGGCUGUGCAAGGCCUUGGUCAGCGCGAAGUACAUCAGUGCUGCGUGUGAAGCUUGGGGAGAGGAUCUGUUUUUCCUGGAGUUGUGGGCCGAGAUCAAUCACCGCGCCUCACUGCGCUCGCAGAUACAAGCCGCAUCGGCAUUGCCUAACCCUAAAGGCGGCGAGACAGAGGCUGCGGAAGGCACGAUCUUCGAGGAACUUAUCAUGCAGUAUGGGCAGCUAGCAGAACGUGCCGAGGAUAUGAUCGUGCAGUCAGUCUGUGGAGAAGUCGAGGUUGGGCUCAGGGCCCACUUCUCUAACGGCUCAUCAACACAAGUGACCCCCAACGUAAUCACGCCAGGAGCGCAGGACGACAUUGCGCUCGCGCCCACCCUCCUCGGCCCGCUUGCCCUUCUAUCCUCGCACAUUUCCUUCCUCUCAUCAGCCCUCCCACGUACAACCGUCACAAGCCUCUACCGGCGCAUUGCUUCACGACUCGCCAUGCACAUCUACCACCGCCAGAUUCUCUACCAUGGUCGGGGGCGGAUUACACCACAGGAGGGGAGGGCGAUCCGCGCGGAGAGCGAGCUGUGGGUGGAGACGUGCCAGGUUGCCCUCGCACGGAGCGACAGGGCUCGCGCGGAAGGGCCAUGGCGGCAGCUGCUCCAGGCCAGCCGAUUGGUGGGCGCGGAAGGAAAGCAGUGGCAAGAGAUACUGGACGCGACGUUCGGGGUGAUAGGGGAUGAGAAAUGGGAGGGUAUCAUGCUGGAGACAGUCGGGUUCUCGGAGUUGAGCAGGGAGGAGGUCUCACAGGUCCUGCGGGCGAGGAGCGAUUGUGGGCGGUGA